AUGAUGAAGAGGGAGUUUGACGUCACUGCGGGGAUAUUCGGUAGUGGAAAGAGUGGAGUGCCUACUUUGGCCCGCGACGGGACGUGGGCGGACGACACGGCAUACCCGCUCAGCGACCCCCUGCCCGAACCGUCUGAUGCGCAAAACCUCUCGGUUGACAUCCCUGGUAAAACUGCCGUACUCCUGCAAUUGGCCGGAAAAGGGGUUCGAAAGCCACGCAAGGCCUUUUUCCCGGACGGCAAGGCGCAGCUUUGGUUGGAAGACAUGCAGGUGCAUGUCUGCACUACGGCCGCUUACACCCACCUUGGCGGGAUCCUGGACUACAGAGGAUCGAUGCUGCCCGAGACAAAGCACAAGGCUUGCAAAGCUACGCUGCGAGGCGAGGCUAUGAUGAGGCAAAUUUGGCCCAGCUUUCUCAGCGAGUGUGCCGGGAAUGCACAGGAUGUCACAGAUGCCUUGGUUGUCAAGCCCCUGUUCAAUGUCGGCGACAAGGUGGAGUAUCGCAGCGACACGCACAGGCAGUGGCUGGCGGGCACAGUGCAAAAGGUCCGAGAGGGCGGCACCGUCUACGACCUCGACGUGAAGAAAGGAGCGCACGCCAGCAAGCUGCGGAAAGCGGUUGUCUCGCAGCCUGGCAGCAACCUGGGCUACGAUGGCUCACCGACCAGGAGCCGUCAAGGAGCAAAUUCUUCGGCACUGUCGGCACCCUCGGUGUCGAGGCCACCACCCAAAACUGGAACUGUCCUGGAGCCCGUGACGACCGCCCCCGGCACCAGGCCGUCGCUCGCUCGCAAUCGCUCGGAGCUGGCGCGGAAUGUGUCGGACAGAACCGAGCUCGAGGUGCGACCUUUUGCGCUCGACGUUGGGCUGCCAGAGGAGUGGGCGGCCCAAGUGGGGCAGGAAAUGACCUCCCGUGCCGGGGCGGUCACCGUGCGAAAGAUGGUGGAGACCACGAAGCGUCUCCUUCAGAACCUCGAGAGUGCUCUGAUCCUUCGUGCAGGUUUCUUGGCGGGCGUCUUCCAUUCCUGGCGCCUCCAGGGAGAGCUCACGAGGUAUGAGGAGGAGCACCGGCAGGAGUUGGAGCAGCAUCACGAUGCCUGGGCCGCGCAUUUCCAGCAGCACCAGAUGUCGUUCCAGGAGACGCUGGCCAAGCAUGCAGAGCACCAGAUGACCGCGAAGGAGAAGCGAAAGCAGCAGGCUGACCUCAUUAUCUGCCAGUGGGCCGCAGGCGACGCGAAGGGCACUUGCAAGCAGGCCCUGAGAUCCUGGUCCCACUACGCCCUCCAGGAGCGACGAGCGAAGCGCGCGUCGUCUCGGAUUACCCAGAUGAUCUAUGGAUGGGCCGAGGGCAAGACGAAGGGGACGGCCCGCGCCUGCUUCCAGAACUGGAAGAUGGAGGCCCUCUCGUCUUCGGCUGAGAGAAAGAGGGAAGCGGAUCUUGCGAAGCUGACGGCAUCUCAAGCAAACGAGCAGGCACGAAGGGACGCCGAGAUGGCCGCAAAGCUGGCGGAGAUCGAAAGCAGGAAGAAGGACCGCACCAGCGGCGUGGAAGCCGUCAUGGCGAACUGGGCCAAGGGCAAAGUCAAGGGCACUGCAGCCCUCUGUUGGAAGCAUUGGUCUGACUUCGCCAAGGCGGUGAAGAGUCGAGCUAGGCGCCACGAGGCGGUAAAGAUGCAGAUGAUGAAGUGGGCUGAGGGCGAGGCCAAGGGCACCGCCCGGAGUGUGUGGCUUUGCUGGAAGCAUGAAGCGAAAGCCAACAAGAUCGCACGGCAGGCCGAGCAAGCCGCGAAGGAGGAAGCCAAGCGCCUCGAGAUGAUGCUCGCCGACGAGCAGAGGAAGAAUGGGGAGCUCCACCAGACUGCAGCGCAGAUUCUCGCGGACAAGAAAGCAGCCGCGCACAGGCAGAUCGAGUACAUCGCUGCCAAGUGGGCUGGAGGCGCCAACAAAGGCGCCAAGUCCGGCAUCUUCAAGGGCUGGCACAGCUACGUGAAGGAUGCCAAGGCCAAAGGAAGGAAAAACCAGGCAGUCCAUGCCGCCCUCACCAAAUCGCUCUUGGGCGAGGCCAAGGGUGCCGCCAAGACGGCCCUUCUCAAUUGGCACAUGCUCACAAAAGACGAGAAGGCGAUGAGGAAGCGGGAGGAAGACGAGAAGCAGGCGAACGCAAAGCUGGCCGCGUCCCUGCAGGAGAAAGAGGCCGAGCUUCAGAAGCACCUGCUGCAGUUGCAAGCCGCGGGUGAUUCCGCCAAGGCGCGUGCCCAGCAUGCCACGCAGAUGGUUUUAAAGAAAUGGCUGGGAGGUGAUCGCGUCGGCAUGCUGAAGCAGUUCUGGCAGGACUGGAUCACCUUCAUCCAAGAAGGCAAGCAGGCCGCUAUGCAGAGAGAGAGCGUCAAGGAGUCAGUCAUGCGUUUCAUCCUCAGCGACCAGCGCGGUCUGCUGUAUUCUUGUGUGAACUCCUGGAUGAACUACGUGCGCUUCGAGGCGAAGCAGCAGCGGCUGCAUGAACAGCAGCAGCAAAAGAUGAUGGACCUGCAAGCGGGCCUGGACCAGGCCAUGAAGAAGCAAGAAGUCCAGAUGCUGAGGGCUGCGGAAGCCUUUGCCGGGAAGCAGGGCCCUGUGCUUAUGGGCAUGGCGUACCGAGCCUGGCAUGACCUCUCGAUGGGCGAGAGAGCCCGAGAAGAAGCGGAGCGGGAGCGCCUGGUCGCGCUCGAGGAAAUGGAGCUGCAACGUGAGCAAGAAGAAAACAGACGCAACGAACGCAUCGCCAGAGCUCUCGAUGGCAUGGGCUGUAAAAGGACUCGGGUCAUUCUGAAUGAGUAUUUCUCAGCUUGGGCGCUGCUCUGGGAUACCGAGAAACUGGAGAAGAUGCAGAAGCUGGCGCACAACUCGCAGAUGCAAGCGUACUCGGAGUAUAUGCUGGGCAAGAACUUGGCGAGGAACGCUGCGACACUGUUGGCGAAUUCCUUCAAGGAGUGGCACAUGGAGACGAAGGCAGCGGCCCAUUCGCUCCAUUUGGACACCCAGGAGGAGAAUCUUCGGCAGACGAUGGAGUACGCGCAACAGCUGGAGCAGGAGCGCGACGACCUCCAGGAGCAGCUGCAGCUGUACUACCAGCAGAUUGAUUUAAUCACCGAGACGCUGCAGAAGGAGCUGCAGACCAAGGAAGAGUUGGCUUCGGAGCUGCGGGAUGCGUACGACAAGAUGCGGCAGCAGUCCAAGGUGCCCUUGACCACGCCCAGUACCAUGGCGAGUCUGGACUCGCGAAGCCGCACCAGCAGCGUGGAGGGGCGACGCAAGGAGACCACGCAGACGCCAAAGGGCGCUCGCACGCUUGGCACCCCGCGCACUGCCACAGCGGCCGCGGUGGGCGCUGCGAACACCGGCAACAGCACCGGCUCUGCCAAGGACCGGCGGACGGAGCCCAGGACCGAGCCGCUCGCGGCGAUGCCUUCGCUGCCACCGGCGCGAAGAUCUCGGGGCCGGGAGGAUGACCUUGACUGGAACCAUGCAGUGCAGCGGAUGUCAGACGAAGGGCUCGUACAUCUCGACUCCUAG